AUGGAAACAGGCAAGAGGAACGCGGAUCUUGAGGAAUGGGAUGCAAAAAUCAGGAAGUUGGAGGAAGGAUUUGAAGAAAGCGACACGGAGCUCGAGGAAUGCGACACAGAAAACGAGAUAGGUGAACUCACAGCAGAAAUUGACAAUCUGACAGCAGAGCUGGAGGAACGGGAUAGAAAAAUUGGGAGACUUCAGUCGGACCUCGGAGAACGCGAUGCAAAAAUCAAGGAACGCGAUAGGAAAAUUACCAAGCUUGCAGCAGAAACGCGGAGGCUCAAUGCAGUGCUCGGGGAGCGAGACUCCACUCUUCGGAAACUCAAUGCAGAGCUCGCCAAGUGCGAUGCAACCAUCAGGUUAUUUACUGUGGAACUGGGGGAGCGCCACACCAAAAUUGGGGAACUCACUGCAGAAGUCGGGGACUGUGAUAGAAAACUUCGGAAAUACACGGCAGAAAUUGAGGAGCGGGAUGCAAAAAUCGGGGAGCACGAAGCAGAGAUCAGGCGACUUACUGAGCUGCUGGGAAAACGGGAUGCCACAGUCAGAAAACUGACAGAACAGCUUGAGGAAGUAAAGGAUCUGGAAGCUGGUGAACUCUCUGCAGCAAUUGGCGAGCGCGACCGAAAAAUUGAUGAACUCACUGCAGAGCUGGGUAAGUCUCACUUGGUUUCAUUUAAUGUCCAGGCCUGGGACAUCCCUCCUGCCCCAGCCUUUUCCUGAGCUAAUUUGGGGAGAUUUAUGGAAUUUAAUAUAAAAAGCUUCAAUUGCUCCUGCUUUCUAACAAGCAAUGCCAACCAUGGUAAUCGUGGGCACAGAAA